ACAACAUUUUUUGAGACAUGACAUAAAUAGGAGGUUGUCUUUUGAGACAAUUUUAAUUUAAAUUACGUUUAUUUUAUUUUAUUUUAUUUUUAUCAAACUCCCUACUCCCAGUCCCAGCUAACAACUGCCAUUUCUGUGUAUGCUAACGUGUGGCUUUUCUCUACACAAUUUCUUGUUUCCAACUUCAAUCGGAGAGGAAUGGUCUUUGCAGUCCAAAGGUAGCCUGAAACCCUCUCGCUCUCUUCUUCAUAUAACUGUAGUUGCUUUAUCCCUGUGUUGUUGCUUUCCUUUUUCAUUUAUUAAUUCAUAUCUGAAGUCCAUUCUCCCCACACCACCUAGAAGAAAGAAAAAAAAGGGAAAAACCAGUAUAUGUCACAAAAUGGCAGAGUGGAUCGGCACCGUUGUCUCUAUUUUUGAAAAAUAUGUUGUGAGACCGAUCGGAUAUCAAAUCAGUUACCUUGUUUGCUUCCGAAGCAAGGCUGAGGGAUGCAGGAAGCAGGUUGAGAAGCUAGAGCUGUUGAAGGAUAAGGUGCAACGUUCCCUUGUUGUGGCUAAAAGGAAGGGAGAAAAUAUUGAGCCUGAGGUUGAGAAGUGGUUGACCGUUGUGGAAAAGGUUACUGGGGAUGUGGAGAAGUUGGAAGAUGAAGUGAAGAAGAGCAGUUCAAAUGGGUGGUGUUCUGAUUGGACUUCUCGUUACUGGUUAAGUAGGGAACUGAAAAAGACCACGCUCAGCAUUGCUAGGCUCCAAGAAGAAGGAAAAUUCAGUAAAGUUUCUUAUUCAGCACCUUCUCCCGGGAUAGAAUCUUUACCUACAGGGGAUUGCUGUCCUUUUCAGACCACUGUUUCAGCUAUGAAUCAAAUCAUCGAGUUGUUGAAGGGUGAGGAAUGCAGCACCAUCUGUGUUUAUGGCAUGGGAGGUGUUGGCAAGACAACCUUGGUGAAAGAAGUUGGAAAGAAAGUGAAAAAAGACAAGCUUUUUGAUGAAGUUGCAAUUGCAGUGGUGUCUCAGGCUCCGGACCUGAUAAAGAUUCAAGAUGAAAUUGCAGAUGCAUUGGGUCUGGAAUUUCAUGAGGAGAAAGAAAUUGGAAGAGCGGGUCGGCUUCGUGAAAGACUGAAGACAGAGAAGAGGGUCCUAGUAAUCUUGGAUGACGUUUGGGAGAGACUUGACUUGGGGGCAAUAGGAAUUCCUCAUGGUGUUGAUCACAGGGGCUGCAAAAUUCUUCUCACUACACGACGUGAACAUACAUGCAAUGUGAUGGGAAGCCAAGCAACAAAGAUUCUUCUAAAUAUCUUAAAUGAACAAGAAUCAUGGGCCUUGUUUAGGUCAAAUGCUGGUGCAACUGUUGACUCCCCUGCUGUCAAUGUUGUGGCAACAGAAAUUGCAAAGAAGUGCGGAGGUUUACCUCUAGCGCUUGUAGCAGUUGGAAGGGCUCUAAGUGAUAAAGACAUAGAUGGAUGGCAGGAAGCGGCCAAGCAACUUAAGGAGUGUAAACCUAUGAACAUCCAAGAUGUGGAUGCAGACUUUUUUUCGUGUCUUAAGCUUAGUUUCGACUAUCUUCAAGGAGAGGAAAUCAAGUCAAUCUUCUUACUGUGCUGUCUAUUUCCAGAAGAUCGCAACAUUGAACUGGAGUACUUGACAAGGCUUGCAAUGGGGCAAGGAUUGCUUGAAGAUGUUGAGACAGUAGAAGAAGGAAGAAGGCGGGUACGAACACUGAUCAAGGGACUUAAAGCUUCUUGUCUGUUAAUGGAUGGCGAUAAGAGUAAAGGGUCUCUGAAAAUGCAUGACCUUGUCCGUGUCUUUGCCAUAUCAAUUACAUCCACUGAAAAGUAUGCCUUCAUGGUGAAAGCUGGGGUGGGUUUGAAGAACUGGCCAAAGAAAGGUACUUUUGAGCAUUAUGCUUUGAUAUCAUUGAUGGCGAACAAUAUUUCUAGUCUUCCAGUUGGUCUGGAAUGUCCAAAACUGCAUACUUUAUUGUUGGGUGGGAACCGUGGCUUAAAAAUAUUUCCGGAUGCUUUCUUUGUGGGAAUGAAAACACUCAAGGUUCUGGAUUUAACUGCAAUUAGUAAAAAGCUCUAUAGGUAUUCUCUUCACAUCACACCACUACCAGCAUCCCUCCAACUCCUUACUGACCUCAGGAUGCUUCACCUCCAUCAUCGGAAGUUAGGUGAUAUAUCUAUACUUGGAAAGCUGAAGAAGCUGGAGAUCCUUAGCUUUUUUGCUUCACAUAUCAGCGAGUUGCCCAAGGAGAUGGGAGAACUGAAGAAUCUGAAGUUGUUGGAUCUUACCUACUGCCGAUCUUUAAAGAAAAUUCCACCUAACUUGAUAUCAGGUCUGUCAGCAUUAGAAGAACUAUACAUGAGAGGAAGCUUUCAACAAUGGGAUGUUGGUGGAACAACCAUAGAAAGAAGCAGUGCAAGUCUAUCUGAGCUUAACUCACUACUCAACUUGACCACUUUACAUGUCGAGAUAAUCAAUGCCAAAUGUAUUCCAAAUAGUUUCUUAUUUCCAAAUCAGUUAAGGUUUCAGAUAUACAUCGGUUCCAAGUUAUCUUUUGCAACGUUCACAAGAAAGUUAAAAUAUGAUUAUCCGACAUCUAAAGCCCUGGAACUCAAAGGUAUUGAUAGCCCCAUACCAAUUGGGGUUAAGAUGUUGUUUGAGAGAACAGAGGAUCUAUCUUUGAUUAGUUUGUUAGAAGGUUCUCGCAAUAUUCUCCCCAACUUGGGUUCAAGGGGCUUUAAUGGAUUGACAUCUCUGAGUGUGAGGAACUGUGUUGAGUUUGAAUGUAUCAUUGAUACGACACAAGGUGUUCAUCCAGUUGCAUUCCCCAAUAUCGAGACAAUACAUCUCACCCACCUUUGUGGCAUGAAGGUACUGUCUAGUGGCACCCUUCCUAUGGGGUCUUUUAGAAAACUGAGAGUUCUGACUGUGGAACAAUGUGGAGGAUUGUCUACUCUCUUUCCAGCUGAUCUGCUUCAACUGUUACAGAAUUUGGAAAUAGUGCAAAUAACUUGUUGUCAGGAAAUGCAAGAUGUGUUUCAAAUUGAAGGGAUUCUGGUUGGAGAGGAACAUGUUCUGCCACUCUCUUCUUUAAGAGAAUUGAAAUUGGACACCUUGCCUCAAUUGGAGCAUUUAUGGAAGGGGUUCGGUGCUCACUUAAGCCUCCAUAAUCUUGAAGUUAUUGAAAUUGAAAGAUGUAACAGAUUGAGGAAUCUCUUUCAGCCUUCUAUUGCUCAGAGUUUGUUUAAACUGGAGUACCUCAAAAUAGUAGACUGUAUGGAGUUGCAGCAAAUUAUAGCUGAGGAUGGGCUAGAGCAAGAAGUAUCAAAUGUUGAAGACAAGAAAUCUCUCAACCUUCCAAAACUGAAAGUUCUGGAGGUAGAAGAUUGCAAGAAAUUGAAGAGUCUCUUUUCAGUUAGCAGUGCACAAAGUUUUCUGCAACUAAAACAACUCAAAGUAAGUGGAAGCAAUGAAUUGAAAGCAAUUAUAAGCUGUGAGUGUGGAGAAAUAUCAGCAGCGGUGGAUAAGUUUGUGCUCCCUCAGUUAAGCAACUUGGAGCUUAAAGCUCUGCCGGUCCUUGAGAGCUUCUGUAAGGGAAAUUUUCCAUUUGAAUGGCCAUCACUAGAAGAAGUAGUUGUAGAUACUUGCCCCAGAAUGACUACUUUUGCUUUAGCUGCUGCUGAUGGAGUGCAAAACAUGCCAAAACUGAAGUCAUUGCAGGUAGAUGGUCAAAUGAUCAACAACCAUGAUCUGAAUAUGGCCAUCAAGCACCUAUACAAAGGAAAGGAUCAGAGCUUGAGUUUGUUCAGAAAUUGAACCCAAGUAUGAAAGAUGAAGAUUGCUCCAAAAAAACCCAACACACUAGGAAAACAGUACAAUGUGAUUCAGGUGUGUUUUCGGGAUGAGUUCGCUUGUGGAAUGCUAAGCCCUCUGGAGCCUAGAAGCUUGCCACUAACAAUAAUUUUCUGUUAGUUUCGUCCAUAUUCAUUUGGUUGCAGUGCAUCAGCAGCAUCACAUUGUUUUAUGCUUGUACUAACUUUCUUUAUUAAUUUGUUUCAAGUGGAGAAGUUCCUUCAUUACAGUUGGCCAAUCAUUGUUCAGUGCACUUUGUAAUAUUUUUUCUGUUAUACUCUAAAUAGAUUAAUUCUCUUGUGUCCUUUA